UUCUCCGGCCAAAUUCCGGCCACCCUGUUCCGCUUGAGCAAUCUUACUGUCCUCAACCUCGCCCGAAACAAUUUCUCCGGCGAGAUAUCGCCGGCGAUAAACAACCUUACCAACCUCAAAAAACUGUAUUUAGAAAACAACAAUCUCAAUGGGUCGAUUCCGGAUCUAAACAAUCUCACUUCUCUUCAAAAAAUCAACGUUUCGUACAAUAAAUUGAACGGUUCAAUCCCAUCAAGGUUGAUCAAUUUUUCUUCAAAUUCAUUUCUGGGUAAUUCUCUAUGCGGUUCACCACUCGGUGCUUGUCCAAGUGAUCGAAACAAUGGAAACAAGCUAUCCGCCGGAGUGAUCGCCGGAAUUGUAAUUGGUUCUGUGAUGGUAUUGUUGUUGAUCAUCAUAGUCUUGAUCAUUCGGCGGAGAAAUGGUACUAGUGAAAAAACAAGCCGACAAGCCGAGAUUUCAAGCUUGCCUUCGAUGCCGCAGGACUUCGAUUGCCGGAGCCCGAAACCAUUACUAAUGAGAGAAAAUGGGAAUGCUGUGAAGAAUAAUGAGUUGGUGUUUUUAGGGGAUGAAAAUGUGGUUUUUAGUUUGGAGGAGUUGUUGACGGCGUCGGCGGAUGUGUUGGGGAAUGGGACAUUUGGGAGUAGUUACAGGGCAUGUUUGAGGGUUGAGAAUGAGGUGGUGGUGGUGGUGGUGAAGAGGCUGAGAAAUGUUUGUAUUGAUGAGAUAGAAUUUAGAGAGAAGGUUGAGCAUUUGGGAAUGUUGGGUCAUGAGAAUUUGGUGCCUCUUAAAGCCUAUUAUUAUGGAAGGGGGGAGAAGAUGCUUGUUUGUGAGUGUUUGCCCAUGGGAGGCUUAUCUACUCUUUUACAUGGAAAGAGGGCAGAGGAUAGGGAGCCAUUGACAUGGCAAAUUAGGAGUAAAAUUGCUUUGGGAGCUGCCCGCGGCAUUGAGUAUCUUCAUUCGUUAGGCUCCAACAUUUCCCAUGGAAAUAUCAAGUCAUCCAACAUUAUCCUCACUAAUAACUACGGUGCAUGUGUUUCGGAAUAUGGUAUAGUCCAACUUGUUUCUUCCACUUCCACUGUUAGCAUGAAUGGUUAUUGUGCACCGGAGGCAAUGGAUUCUCACAAAAUUUCCCAAAAGGCUGAUGUCUACAGUUUUGGAGUCGUGCUUUUGGAACUGCUAACAAGAAUGACUCCAACCGAUGAUCAUUGGAAAGAGGAAGGAACUGACCUUCCGAGGUGGGUAAAGUCAGCUGUUCGAGAGAAGAGGACAAUUGAUGUAUUUGAUCAUGAGUUGUUCAAGUACCAGAACAAAGAGGAGGAAUUGGUUCGGUUGCUACAUCUUGGAAUUCAUUGCACUUCUCAACACCCUGGUAGGCGACCUUCGAUGGAGGAUGUAACCAAAAGGAUUGAGGAAAUUUGUGGGCUAAGAUGAACUAUGGCUACUUCAAAAGAAAAGGACUCUGAAUGAUUCAUUAUUUUAGUCUAUUACAUUGAUUAAUCUUACUGCAGUUCUUUGAGUUUCAUAAUCUUUGUAUCUUUUUUUUUUUUUUGCACAACAUAUCAAACAGGUUAAUGCCAUCAUGAGUUUUGAAUUAACUACUUUGCUUAGGAGUAAAGGUGGAUGUAUACUGUAAUUACUGUUUUCUCAUUUUAAUUUAAGCUCUUGAAGCAAUUGUUUUAAAGAUUGAAA